GAUUUGACGGCAGAGAAUGCCUUCUUGUGGCGAAUUGUGGCCAAGUAUUGCAAAGAGAAGGAGAUAACCGUCACUCUGGUUGUCAACAAUGAUAAUAAAGGCGAUGAAGAGAUGUCUGACUCGCAGCCCAACACUCAUGAAGAGACUGUUGAUGCCAUUGAUCUCAUUGUUCCCGAUUUACCGCAUUAUUGCCAUUAUAUUAAUGUUUUUGUGAAACAAAUUCUGGUGAGAGAGUAUGGACUGCACGACUUAAUGGAGUUUGAAUUUAUGUUCAAUCAAUUGCUUUCAAUGGGAGAACUCAUUGAUAUUGGAGAUGAAGUCCAGAGGCAAAUAAUCCGCAAAUGUAUGAUUGAUGUACUGGGAAAUGAAGAGUUGUUCCAUCGGAUCCACGACUAUGUCUCGCAUUUGAUGAAAAUAUUCUCACAAAACACAGAAUUAAACACUUUUUUAGAGAAAACUGUUGAUAUGAUUGAUGCCAUAAAUUCCAAGUCUAUUGUAGCGGAGGAGCCGCCGCCACCGCCUCCCUCACAGCCAUCUCAAGAGGUGGAGACGAACCCA